CUCUAAGAAAGACAGUAAUACAUAACUGUAGUCAAGAAACAUACAGUAGAACACAAUGACUCAAUGGACGUGGAGACAUAAUGCGUCCUGCUGCAUCGGGCAUCUUCGGAAAGGCGAUGAGCCUUCGGAACUCUUCGCGAGGUCAUGGCGAGGGCGAGUGUCCCCCCUGUUUUGGAGGCUGCCGAUCCUGCUCUGGGCUUUGGCAGUCAUCGGCUGGUCGGGCGCCGGCUUCUGGGGACCGCCGGAGAUGUUCUUCCUGUACAUGACACAUUGGGGGCUGAUACUGAUUUUGGUGGAGUCUUUGUUCGGAGUCGCAGUUACGAUGAUGAAGCAUUGUGAAACAUUGCCUGAUGCAACGUUUGGUCUACCGUGGUAUGUCAAGACUUACUGGGUCCUGUACAACAUAACCAUUCCUGUCGCUUUUCUCAUCACUAUAUUCUACUGGGGCGUUCUAAAAACAUCCGGAAGAAUGGUGAACUACGCCCCAAACCCAGUGCUGGAUGUGAUGCUCCACGGCGUCAACUCGCUGGUGAUGCUUGUGGAGCUGGUUGCGUCGGCGCACCCCUCGCGGCUGGUGCACAUUAUGCAGCCACUUUAUUUCGCGCUGGCCUAUCUGCUGUUUUCUGUUGGAUAUUAUGCGGCUGGUGGCCUGGACCCAUGGGGUAACCCUUUUAUUUACCCUGUGAUCGACUGGUCGAAGCCGAACCAGACGAUGGUAGUGGUCACGUUGACUGCACUGUUCCUGGCGCUGAUGCAUAUCCUUACUGUUGGGAUUGCUUCGCUACGUGACGUCAUAUCGCGAAAGUACAUCAGAGAUUCUACAGGAGUCUAUAAUGACGGAUUCAAGGCUUGAAAUAUAAAUGCGAAAAAGUGAUUGAAGAACCAAGUGAUCCCAAGUGUGUCUUGAAUACGUGUUUAAACUGACGUGUAGAUUUGCAGAUCAAAUAAGCAUUGGUGCUUGUCGGCUGUCGUGCUAAUAUGUGCUUUACUUAGACUUAGAACACUAUUUAUACCUAAAUAAGGGCCUGCCGGCCGUCAAUGUGUCAUGGACUUGUAUUCCUAAAUGUGUAGUACGUAUUUUUCCUCAUUAUGUUCGACCCCGUUGUCCGUCAAUGCCAAGCUACAGCGGGACCCAUUCGUUAUUAUCAACGCCUGAUGGUUUAGUUAGGUUCGACUUAGUUAAAUUUACUACA